AUCUCAUGUAUUUGCCUCUCUCGGUCUCUUCGUAACAACUAAACCCUCCUAAACCCUCCCCCGUCGCUCUGAGAGUUUCGGGUUGAAAAUGAGUUCACUCGCUGCGAGAUUUUCCAAGUUCAUCAGAGUCUCUGUUCCUUCCUCGCAAACUUCCUCACUGGCAGUGGGCGGGCAAAGAAGCUCGAAGUUAUGGUACUCGAGCGGCUCAAUCGACAGUGACACUAAUGACACAAAACAAGUUGAUGCCGAAGAAGAUAUUGACGAUUUUCUUGGUGGCUUGAAAGAUACAAAUAUGCAAGCCCAAGGUGUGGAUCCCAAGAGGGGUUGGGGAUUUCGCGGUGUGCACAAGGCAAUUAUUUGUGGAAGAGUUGGACAAUCCCCAGUGCAGAAGAUCUUGAGGAAUGGCCGAACUGUAACCAUCUUCACUGUUGGGACGGGGGGCAUGUUUGACCAGAGAUUACUGGGAAAGGACUUGCCAAGACCUGCUCAGUGGCACCGAAUUGCUGUGCAUAAUGACGCACUUGGGGCUUAUGCAGUUAAACAAUUUGUUAAGAAUUCAUCAGUUUAUGUUGAGGGUGACAUCGAAACUAGAGUUUACAAUGAUAGCAUCAAUGGUGAAGUUAAGAAUAUUCCAGAGAUCUGCAUUCGUCACGAUGGGAAGAUCCGUCUUAUAAAGAGUGGAGAAAGCAUCAGCAGUAUGUCCUUGGAUGAUCUGCGAGAAGACUUACCUUAGUGUUAAUUGGCACGUUAGGGGAACCUCAGCCUGGGAAAGGGAAAGCGUCUCAAGCCACUUUUGUAGGAAACGGGGGAUAUAUUUCUUAGUUGGCUGUGACCUGGCAAAGGAAAAUGCUGGAGUUUUAUUUUUCAGUUUGUCAAUAUAAUCCCUUGGUUCAUUAGCUUGCUCUUCACUGUUGUCUUCUUCCCCAGUGAAUGAAGUCAUCUACCAUUCAGUCUCUCUGUGAGAAGGAAGCGGUGUUUAACAUUGAAAUCGAUAUGUAAAGACUAUUUAAUGUUCACAUUCCAUCAACUCAUUCAUAAUAGUCAUAAUUAAAUGAGAGGCUUCGUUCUUAUUC